GAUCAGUUGAAUUUUUGGGAAACCCAGUGAGCACGUGGCCAUGGAUUUGCAUUCGUAUGUUGCUGCCAACAGUAUGACUCUGGCACAGAGACACCUGCCACGUCAAGUUAGUUGCACUCCAGACCGCAUCCAAAGAAGACCAAGCUGGAAGCGCUUUCGAGCUUGUUCACUUAGUGGACUUAGUUCACUUAGUUCACUUUCAUCACUUCGCUCACUUCCAGUUUUUCUAUUUACUGCAAAGGUCUUUUCCAAGUCCCGACCGAAGGUGUGCAGGAAGAGUAUCCGAGAUGCGCGGGAGGCAAUUAGACAAUGCCUGAGGGAAAACCGUACGAUGCCAGUCCUGCAGGCCUUGCCCGAAGAUUCUUUGCAGCAAAUCUUGGAUAAAAUGACUAGGAUGGAGUUGAAGCCUGGCGAGCACAUCUUCCGCAAGGGUGAACCUGUGGAUGCUGUUUAUGUCGUCGAAUCUGGAGAACUGAGUGUGGUAAAGCCGUUGAGACAAGGGGAAGAGGAGGAGGCAUUUGAAGCUACUGCUCUUGGACCGGGUUCCUACAUCGGAGAGCUGGGGCUAUUCUAUGAUCGAACCUGCAUGGAGGAUGUGUGUGUUCGUGGUGAAGAAACAGCCGCACUUUGGCGGCUGAGACGGACAGAUUUCUUUGACAUCAUUGACCGACUAGAGGAAGAAAUUGAAGGGGGUGAAUGUCAGUUGCCAGAGAUACUGGACAGGGAACCGGCGUCCGUGUUUGUAGUCUCUGAUGGAUCUGGCUACUCUGCAGGUGGAGCAGUCAACUUGGCACUGAAGCAAUUCGAGAACCAAGAGACCAAGAACUGCGAUACUGUCAGCAUUACAAGUUUUCCUUACAUCAGGUACAAGGGUGAAAUACAAGAAGUGGCAAAGCGAGCACGGCAAGACAAUGCACUCAUUGUAUACACUUUGAUGAGAAAAGAACCGCGUCAAGCAAUGCUGGAAGAAUUGAAUACGCCAGUACGAGAGGGCGAGAAUCCGCUUCGCGCAGUUGAUUUGUGGGAACCACUCUUGGCGUCCAUGGAGGAUUUGCUUGGCAUCCCUCGAAACACAGAGGUCCGAGCUACAAUGAGAUCACGCCUUUCUGAAGAGUGCAUCAACAUGGUUGAGGCUAUCGAGUUCACUAGGAAGCUCGAUGAUGGCAGACAGCCAGAGCUUUGGAAUGAAGCAGAUCUCAUUCUCAUUGGGCUCUCACGAUCUGGCAAAACGCCGCUAGCGUUCUUCUUGGCCCAAAGAGGCUUCAAGGUGGCCAACUACCCCGUUAUCCCUGAUGAAGAUCCGCCCGAGCAGCUGUUUGAUCCUUCUCUCCAGUCCAAGUGUGUGGCGCUCACAAUCCAGGCGCAGCGUUUGCAUGCCGUACGUUCUGCACGUAUGAGUGACUACGGAUCCUCCAAGUCCACGUAUUCCUCAUUGGACAACUGUCGCAAAGAAGUGAACUGGCUCAAGACCUUCUAUAUGCGGAAGGGCCCACGUUGGCCAGUCAUAGAUACCACAAAUGGUGGAGUGGAGGAGACUGCUGCCAAGGUGCUGAAGAUCUUGCAGCGCUUGAAAGGAGUAGAGAAAGCGACCGGGCAGUUCGCAAACCCAUCCAUCGAAUAAGCACUUCCAACACAAAGUUUGGUCGGCUGUCUCGGGAAAGACAAAGGAAACUACAUGUAAUUAUGACGAGAGAAAC